UCCAACAUGGCAGGUUACGGGAAGCAAAUUCUCGUACGGGACGUGUAUUUGUGGUCCAUAUCUGCCAUCUAUCUCUUUGCGUUUGCGUCUCUCUACAUACAGAUUCCAGGUCUUUAUGGACAGAACGGCGUUCUUCCCGCUAAGCUUGCGUUAAGGGAAGUAGGCCCAUCUGUGAAAGAAAAUUUCUGGCACAAGCCAACCCUCUUGUGGUUCACACCAAGGCUUGGCCUAAACACAGAAACAGGAAUGGAAUUUUUAUGUUUGAUUGGAAUGCUUCUCUCUCUGUUGGCCAUGGCACUGAAGUCUUGGAGAGACUCCAUCACCUUCUUUGUUCUUUGGUUUCUGUACUAUUCUUUAUAUCAGGUUGGACAAACAUUUGUUUACUUUCAGUGGGAUAUUCUACUCAUGGAAACUGGAUUUUUGACAAUUCUUGUGUCUCCUCUCAAUUUAUUCAAGUCUAGAAAUAGCAAAUCUCAGCGUCACCAUGAUAACAUCACACUGUGGUUAGUGAAGUGGCUGGCAUUCAGACUUAUGUUCUGCUCUGGAGUUGUUAAAUUAUCAAGUAGAUGUCCAACGUGGUGGAGGCUCACUGCUCUUGACUGGCAUUAUGAGUCACAGAUCUUCUUUCAAGUUCUGAUUAUUCUUACUGGAAACUACAACUUCUUUAACUUACUGGCAAUUUCCCUGUUGUUGCCAAUUCUUGAUGAUGAGCAUUUGGUCACAAUUCUACCAUCUUGGCUUGUUAAAAGGUCAGCCAUUCAUAAACCGACUCAGAAAAGCAAAAUUGCAAAGGCACUUGGGAGAAUUGCCUCAUCUUUUACUAUAGCAGUUCUAAGUUAUUGGACAGUGAAGCUCUUUGCUUUAGAGCUUUCAUCCAAAAGCACCCUGAAGGCUAAGAUUACUUUCUCUCAGAAUCAGUUCUUCAAUGCAGUGGAUCAAGCUGUGCCAGCAACCAUAUGGCUAGGUGUCUUAUCCUUGAGUGUUGAGAUAAUUGCAUCAGUGAUAGGGUGUGUCAUGCAAAAAGGCAUCUUGAAUAAGUUAUGGUCAUUGCUGCAAUGGGCCGUAUUCAGUUUUGCAGCUUUUGGAAUGUUUGCAAUAAGCCUGGUUCCUUAUACAGAUAUCAGUCAUAAUGCCAAGUCAGAUCUAUGGCCUGUGAUUGUAAGAUGGCGUCAGAAGACAGAUGCCUUUGAACUUGUGAAUGCAUACGGAUUAUUUAGAAGUAUGACCGGUGUUGGUGGGCGACCAGAGGUCAUUAUUGAGGGAAGUGACCAUCUUGAGGGGCCGUGGUUGGAGUACAAUUUUCACUACAAACCUGGUAAUGUUUCUGAGUCUCCACCGAUAGUUGCGCCACAUCAGCCUCGCCUUGACUGGCAAAUCUGGUUUGCGGCGCUUGGAAGCUAUGAGUACAAUCCGUGGUUUGUACACCUAGUUUACAGAUUGCUUCAAGGCCAACAGGAUGUUUUGGAUCUUUUGGCUAAAAACCCCUUCCCACGUAAACCCCCAACCUACAUCAGAGCUCGGCAUUAUAAAUACCACUACACAGAGCUGCCCAAGAAUAUUUCUUCCAUAUCUGAUGUUCUUCAUAACAACAGACUGGUAAGACAUUGGUGGUGGAGGGAGAGUCCGAGGGAAUAUCUACCAAUCGUGACUGUAAAUGAACCAUCACUAAUUAACUGGCUCAAUCAAUAUGGCUAUGCAAAGAAUGAUCCGUGGCCUGAGCGCCCGUCAGGUCGGCUCUACAGAGCCAUCAAGUAUCUCCGCUCCAUUACACGAAAGUUGGACGCGCUUCGGUUCAUGUUGGCGCUGUUUGCAUGUGGAGUAAUUAUGGCAUUAUUUAAUCGCUCUCGGUCCUGAAAGUAACGAUGAUGAAUGUACAGAAAACACCGCAACAAAUAGUUGUUUUACUUGGUAGAGGUGAAAGACAACCCUAAAGAUCAUCUAGCUGGGACAUUUCCACUUUUACAAUUGCUCGGAGACCUUUGUGAUGAGUCGCGAUAAAGCACUAUCUAUUAUAGUCUUAAGGCGUCCGUAUGUUUCUUGAUAUAUGGAAAUAUACCAGAAAUUCUUGGAAGAAAUUAUAUGAAGAUGCUACAGUAUUUGUUUAGAUAGGGUCGCCAUAAUAUAAAGCAAUGCAUAUGUACAUACAUCCUGUAUUGACUUACCCCAAAGGGGCGAGGCUUUUCAUAGACAAUAACUACUACUACAAUUGAAAUAAAUAACUAUUUAAUUAUCAACUACAAUUAAUCACUAUUAAAAGGAAUAACUAUUAUUUACUACUAAUUAAUGACAAUAAUGUAACGCUAAAGGAGAAUCACUGAGAGUCUAUAAAAUCUUCAAGAGGUUCACGUUUACGGCUAUACUUUAAAACAGGCAUUAAGUAAGUAAGUAAGAAGACUUUAUUGGAGAGGGUGACAUUUGACAGUAACUAAACUGAUAACCUAAUGGCCCUCAAGUAAAUACGAGAGAAAAUUAAUCAAAAACUGACCUACAAUCUAGCAAACAUAAUUUACAUAAAAAGGAUAUAAAACUACUAGAUAUUAAUAAAAGACCUGAGCAAUAAAUUGAUUUUUAAAAAUUGA